CGACAACCAGGAUGCCACAACAAACAACCACAAGAAAUCGUGCGAACGAGAAUCUUGAAUCGUUCGUAGAAUGCAACGAACCGAUUCUGUGCAUGUGAUGAACUAUUUAGUACUUAAGGAAUCCGAUAUUUGUGCAACAGCAAACGAGUAAGUGUAUCCCGACUAUACGUCGCUACCCGAUUGUGCCUGCCUCGUUGUAGCCUUGUUGUGGAAUAAGCAGGCUGCUGUCUACUGUUAUUACCACCAUUAGAAAAAUAUCCAGAAGACAGACCCGAGGAGGCAGCAAUUCUCAUCUCUGAGUUGACUGGAAAGAGUGAAUUCAAUCUGCAAUCAUGGACAACAAAGAGAAUGGUGCUUCUUCAGGCGCUGAGGAGGUAACCAGCCAGGUUGAAGUCAACGAGCCACUUCGCAUUGGUGUCUCCUCAGCCACCAAAGAAGAAGCCGACGACAUCACCCCAACUGCCACGCGCAAAACCGCAAGCGCUGCGCCUCCAUCCAUCACAGUCCCCUCUCUGAUCAAUGGCAUCGAAGAAACCAGCACCUCCACGUUCGCGGUGAUAAGCCCCUACACCAACACUCCCUGCUGGAAUGCAACCGCUGCAACCCCCUCGGACGCCUUGCGUGCCGUCGAAGCAGCUUCAGCUGCCUUCCCAGCCUGGUCGGCUACCAAGCCUACCGUGCGCCGCGACAUCCUCCUCCGCACAGCUGAUAUCCUUGAAAGCCGCCUCAAGGAAAUCUCAGAAAUCAUGCGCACGGAGAUGGGCGCUGAUGUGGGAACAUCGCAGUUCUUCAUCGCCCCGUUUGGUAUUCGUAUGCUGCGCGAUCUUGCAGGACGUAUCACGUCGAUUUGUGGAAGCGUGCCAGUUGUUGAAGAGGAGGGACAGAGUGCCAUUGUUCAUAAGGAGCCGAUGGGUGUCAUUCUCGGCAUCGUGCCAUGGAAUGCGCCAUACGUCUUUGGGAUCCGCGCCGCCGCCGGCGCACUUGCAGGUGGUAAUACCACCAUCCUCAAGUCGUCCGAUCUUACCCCCCGAUGCUACUGGGCUAUCGGCCGUGCAUUUACCGACGCAGGUCUACCACCAGGAUGCCUCAAUAUCUUAAAUUGCCGACCCCAAGACGCCCCCGAGGUCGUAAAUACUAUGAUCGAGCAUCCAGCCGUCCGAAAGAUAAACUUCACAGGCAGCACAGCUACGGGCCGAAAAAUUGCGAGGACAUGCGGAGAGAAUCUUAAGCCCUGCCUGAUGGAGCUUGGAGGCAAGAAUAGCGCGAUCGUAUGCGAAGAUGCGAAUAUUGAGGUGGCAGUGCGGGAAGUACUGGCAGGAACACUCAUCAAUUCUGGCCAAAUCUGCAUGUCGACCGACCGAAUUCUCGUCCACUCCGCCAUCGCGCCAACGUUUAUAGGUGCAAUUAAAAGUGCCCUCGAGGCAAGCGCUAACCAGUCCUCCGAGCCACCAACACUGGUGUCCACUGCAUCAAAGACCCGCGUUCAAGGGAUGAUCACCGAUGCCCUUGCCUCGGGUGCCUAUCUUAUCCACGGCUUGGUCGAUAUCGAUAGUUCCCCAUCUACAAGCGCCACGUCGGUUCGCAUGGCACCGAUCUUCAUCGGUGAUGUCGAGGAAAAGUCAGCCCUUUGGCAAGAUGAGGCCUUUGCGUCCCUCGCCGCUAUCAGGGUUGUUAAUUCCGACGCUGAUGCUGUUAGGAUCGCGAAUCAGGGCGGCUACGGGCUCUCGGCCGCGAUAUUCACUGAAGAUCUACGCAAGGGAUUUAAGUUGGCAAAGCAGAUCGAGUCUGGGGCUGUGCAUAUCAACAGCAUGACAGUUCAUGACGAGGUUGUACUUCCAUUUGGCGGGGUGAAGAAUAGCGGGUGGGGACGCUUCAAUGAAAAGCAAGGAAUUGAAGAGUUCCUUGUUACUAAGACUGUGACGUGGAAGGACUAGGUGGUCGUGGAUGCGAGUCGCUGAUACUACAACACGUUAUUGUACCUGUGUCGAAGGGUAUAUGGAUCGAUUGGCUCGCCCCACAUCACGAUCUUUGCAGAUGCUAGUUUUAGUUCGUGCGGGAGCGGGAGCGGGAGCACUAUGAUAGCUCCGGGUCCCUGAAAUGUCAUAUUUUAGUGCAAUUGAGGAUCAACGAACAUUAUUCUGGCGA